AUGCCUUUUAUUCAUAAAUCUAUUAAUGAAGGUUAUGCUUUAGGAUAUACGGCCUUUUCUACUCCACCUACUGUAACUCUUCCAAGAUUGAAAGGAUUAACUACUGGUUCCACACCUAACUUUUUGGACGCAGUUUUAAAUAUUGCAGAGGAAGAUACUUCAUCUACACUUUUAGGACAAGAUAAUUGGGUAUGGCAAUUACACUCUUUAGGAAAAAAAAUUCAUAUGUUUGGAGAUGAUACAUGGAUUAAGUUAUUUCCUGGUUUUUUUUCAGAAGUUGAUGGAACGGCUAGUUUUUUUGUUUCUGAUUUUACGGAGGUAGAUAAUAAUGUCACUCGCCAUAUAGAUGAUCAAAUUUCAAAAAUUAAUGAAUGGGAUGUUUUAAUUCUUCAUUACUUGGGUUUAGAUCAUAUAGGCCAUAAAGGUGGACCAGAAAGCGUCUUUAUGCCAAAUAAACAAGAGGAAAUGGAUCAAAUAAUAAAAAAGCUUUUUAGCUCUAUGGGUGAAGAAACUCUACUUGUUGUCGUCGGUGACCAUGGAAUGAAUGAAGUUGGAAAUCACGGUGGAUCUUCAGCAGGUGAGACUUCAGCUGCCACAAUAUUUUUUUCAAAAAAAAUCAAGAAGUUACCCAAAGAUAGUUUAAAUACCCAGACAGCACCUUUACCAAUUUCAUCUGAUUUCACAUAUUUUAGAAAAAUAUCCCAAUCUGAUAUUGUUCCUACACUUUCAGGUUUACUUAAUUUUCCGAUCCCCAUAAACUCGCUAGGUGUAUUUUUAAAAGAGUUCUUACCAUUAUGGUCGCCCCAUGAUAGAGAUCGAGUUAUUUUUCAAAAUGUUUUACAAAUUUCUAAUAUUUUAAACUCUACUUAUCCUGGAUUUAUGACUAUUGAUGCCGAUGAUUCAAUGUUUUGUCAAUCUCAAAUCGAUUUUAAUGACGUUUCUGAGCUUGAGAUUUUAAAAUGCAUGUGGUGGAAGAUAAAUGAAUCAGUAAAUUUUAAUGAUAACAAGUUAGCGUUUGAAUACUUGGAACGUUCGCAGAAUUUUCUCUCACAAGCCUCAAGCAAUUAUAAAACCAACGAGAUGAGCAUAGGACUUGUUUUAGCAGGACUUUCAUUUUUAAUAUCUAUAUCAUCUUCAUGGAAAUUGUUAAGGUCUGUUCCUUUGAUUCGAUUUAUUCUGCUAAUGAUUACUAUUCUUUACUCAUUGUCUAUGUUUGGUAGUAGUCUAGUUGAAGAAGAACACCAUCUUUGGUAUUGGGGUGCCACUGGAUGGAUCUCUUGGUUAUACAUUCUCACAACUCGAAAAAAAUUUACAGAUGGCUUUGAUUGGGUUAUAGGCCUGAUCAUUGUUCGCGUAAUAAGAAGUUGGAAUCAAACUGGUCAAAAACAUGCUGGUGAACCUGAUAUUGCUUCUUUUUUCUUCAUUACAAUAGCUUCUUCUAUUUCAUUCAAAGUUAACAUGGCAUGCCUUUCUGGAGAUACUGUCCCCACUUUAAUUCGCAAAGUAGGGGCAUUCGAUUCUUCUAUUAUCGAUGAUCCUUCAAAACUGAUUAAAAGUGGAUCAUCUUUUGAUUCUUACGUUAUGGUUUCAUCAAAGGGUAGUCCAUCAACUUCCCAGGUUCAGCUUCUUUUUUCCAAGUCUAAAGUAUAUGUACAUCCAUCUAAAUCCGCCAAAGACAAUAUAUCGGGGUUUUUGGCAUUAGUGAGACCUCAUAAUGCAGAAGACAGAGACAUUUUAUUAGCUUGGAUUCCUGAAGACUUAUUAAAAAAAACAGAAGAUUACAAUUCUUAUGUUAAAGUUGAUUUAGAUCCUGAUAGUCAAACAGUUAGCACUACUGAUAUUUCUCUUUCCUCUCCUACGUCAUCAAAUUCUUCCCAUUCAUCGACUACGUCCGUUUUUGUAUCUCGACCAAUUUCAUCAUCGUUAACAUCUUAUGCGUUUUCAAUACCUCUUAGAGACGUUUACUCUAUUCAAAUACGAUUACCCUCUUUGGGGUGGUGGUGGGGCUCAGUCGUAAUUCACACCCGUGAUGGAGAAACUCCACCCGCAUUAUUUUUUCAUGACUCAGAAUGCCAAUCUACUGUGCUUAUUCAACAAAAAAUGAACAAAAAUUUUGACCCUUUUGCCGAUGGUGACAUAUUUUGGGGAGGCGAUCAAUUUCUAAAAGUUUUAGAUCAGUAUUGUACUUUGGAAAAAUCUACCUUAGAAACAUCAAUAUAUCUAGUUAAUCCUGAGCCUGAAGAUCGACGUUCUUUCAGUCCUAAAAAUGCAAAAGUUACCGAUGCCAAAGAAAGCUCUUUUGCUAAAGUUUUAAAUGACGCAAAAUGGACAAUUCUUUCUAAACUUGCUCAAGUGACUAAAAUAUCUCGAAAAGCUGCUCAAAAUGUCAUUGAUAACUCCCCUCCUUCUGUGAGGAAUUUAUUAAAUCAACCUGAAGUUAAGAAAAUUGGUGACGAUUUUGAUUCGGCUCGCGUAUACCUUGCUAAAUGGGCUAUGGGUAUUGCAGAGGAAGCUGAAAAGUCGCGCAAAAAAAUUGUCUGGAAUGAAGGAUAUCAAGAUAUAUUAAAAUCUUCUGUUGGUGGAUUUGAAGUUCUCUCUGUUGAUUUUGAGGUGGAAAGAAGAAAUGAAGUCGGAAAAGCCGAAUGGGAUGCCUUUUUUGAUCACAGUGGUCGAUUAUCAAUUACUGUUGAUGAGGUCAAAGAAAGAAUUUUUCAUGGAGGUGUCGCCCCUGCAAUUAGAGAUAAAGUGUGGUUAUUUUUACUAAACGUGUUUCCUUGGGACAGUGAUUCUGAGGAACGAAAAUCUAUUAUUUCGGAAAAAAGAAAUGAAUAUUAUCGCUACAAACGCAAGUGGUGGGAAGAUACCGAUAAACAACAAAAUGACGAGUUUUGGAAAGAUCAAAAAUCACGUAUCGAAAAAGAUGUUCAUCGGACUGAUAGAAAUAUAUCUCUUUUUAUUGAUUCUGAUACUCCUCAUCCUGAUCCAGAGAGUCGAUUUGCUGAAAUUGGAACUAACUUACAUCUUGAGCAACUCAAAGACAUGCUUAUUACUUAUAAUGAAUACAAUACUAAUUUGGGGUAUGUCCAGGGAAUGUCAGAUCUUCUUGCCCCUCUAUAUGUUGUUUUUCAAGAUGAUGCUAUUUCCUUUUGGGCUUUUUGCAACUUCAUGGACCGAAUGGAGAGAAACUUUUUAAGAGACCAAAGUGGUAUGCGUCAACAAUUGCUUACUCUUGAUCAACUUGUGCAGUUUAUGCUGCCUGAUUUAUAUAAACAUUUGGAAAAGGCAGAUUCUACCAAUUUUUUCUUUUUUUUCCGAAUGCUGUUAGUUUGGUUUAAAAGAGAGUUUGAAUGGGAUGAUGUUCUUAGACUUUGGGAAAUAUUAUGGACUGAUUACCUUUCUUCUCAAUUUGUUCUUUUUGUGGCAUUAGCUAUUUUGGACAAACAUAAGGAAGUUAUUAUGCAACAUUUGACACAAUUUGACGAAAUUCUCAAAUAUAUGAAUGAACUUUCCAUGAAUAUAUCGCUUGAAGACACGUUAACUAGAGCUGAAAUUCUUUUCAAAAAAUUUCUGAGAACAAUUGAAAUGGUGGAUAGAAAACAAGAGUUAGAAGGUGUGGAUGAAAAUGACCCUAAAAUUUCCGAGGAAUUGCGAGCACUUUUGUCAAGAAAAAUUAUUAUUGUCCAUGAAACUGAACGACCACCUGAUGCCACUGGAGGCUGA